AUGGACGCCACUGGCAAUCGUGUUUUGGCACAAGGAGUUAUCUUCUUUGUGAUUGUAUCUCUGGCUGCGGGGAGCGAGGGCAGAAGCAUCUUAGUUGGAGACACUGAAGGUUGGCGUGCGGGCACUAACUACACACAAUGGGCAAUACAAAAUAGCCCCUUCCACAUAAAUGACACGCUGGUGUUCAAGUAUCCCCCACCAGGAAAUUCGACGGUUGCUCAGAGCGUUUACUUGCUACCAAACAUGUGGAGCUACAUGACCUGCGAGUUCGAGGGUGCAAAGCUGUUGGGGAACGCAGCUCAGGGUGCUGGUGAGGGCUUUAAGGUUGAACUCAAUCAGUUAAGACCUUACUACUUUGCCUCUGCAGAAGUCAACGCCUAUGACUGCAUUGCUGGUCUUACCAAGUUCAUCGCUGACCCAUCUAAACCUUCCUCUUAGCCCAAAUCCCUUGUGAUUUCAAUCUAACGUGAUUGAAUUAAAAAUUUCAAUAAACGGAUCCCCCUCCCCCAGACAAACGUACUGAUUGUACGGGUGUUAUGUACCCUUGUCCUAGUCCUUUUUUAUUUUUUUUCCCUUUCAUGUAGCACCAAAAAAACAAAAACCCCUGCUUUGU